GGGGGGGAGACGGGGAGCGGGGGGGCCCGGUAGGCCGCGGGGCGAGGCGCGGGGGCGGCCUGGCGGAGGGGCGCGGGAACUCCCCUCAGCGCCGCGCCCCCUCCCUGACAGGCCUCGGGAGGGGCUGUCGUGAGGAGUCGCGACGCGGGGGCUGUCGCGGUGGGCAGCGCAGCCUGCCCCCCCGCCCUCCCCUCCUUCCCCGCCUCGUACCCGGGUGCAGGCCCCGUGCAGGCCCAAGGAGGCGGCCCCGGCCCUCCGGGGGCCUGCGAGCGGUGCGGCCGGGCCUGGCGGGGUGCGGGCCCCCUCGGCCGGGCCUGGCGGGGUGCGGGCCCCCUCGGCCCCCCUCACAAAGGAGGUGGCGGGCGUCAGAGCCGCCUCUCCCGUCCCGCUGACACCUGGGGAACACCGGCGGGGCCGCCGCGGGCGGCGGGGGCAAGGCCGGCGGCGGAAGGGGCUGAUAGGGGUGCGACACAAUAAAUAAUCGCUAUUUAUAAACUUCGGAAGUGCUUUAGCUCCCGCGGUGGCCUUCCCGCCUUUUGGUUGCGGGUUUGUUUGUUGUUGCUUUUUUCCUCCACAAACUCACUUCAUCGGAGGCCGGGGAAGUGUCGCCACUCGAGGAAAACCUCUGUCCCAGACUUCAGUGUGGCUCCACUGUGCCAAAAAGAAGCCCCGAGUCCCCCUCGGCGCUGCCAGCGAUGGAUGCAGGCCUAAGUGUGAGACUAUGAGGUUGACUCCUCACUGCACUGUGAAAACCAUUAGGAAAAAGUCCUUGGGGUUAAAACCUGGGGCUCCACAGUGUUACCUGCACUUGGGGCUAGAAAUUAAUUUAAAUGGCGACUGAUCUGUCUGAAGCUGAACCCGUGCAUCAUAAGGCGCUUCCACUCUUAACGGGAGCUCAGCUGAUCCACACGGACAAGUUAAGUGAGAAAGUUGAAGACGACACGAUGCCGAUCCGUCGCUCAGUGAAUAACUCUUCCCGGGAAACUCCUCCCAAAAGCAAACCUGCUGAAGGUGAAGAGGUCAAAGCAGAUGCGGAAGUAACUUCUGAGGAGUCUGCCUCUGUUGGAGAAGAACAAGAGAGUGAAACCCUGCCUGCUGCAUCCAAUGAAGCAGAACAGCCAAAGGAACCUGAGAAUGAAGGGAAGGGGGAAACAAAGUCCUCAGAAGAAACCAAAAAGGAUGAGAAGGAUCAGUCUAAGGAAAAGGAGAAGAAGGUGAAAAAGACCAUUCCUGCGUGGGCUACUCUUUCUGCUAGCCAGCUAGCUAGGGCACAGAAGCAGACUCAGAUGGCUGCCACCUCACGUCCCAAAAUGGAUGCUAUUUUAACUGAGGCUAUCAGGGCGUGCUUUCAAAAGAGUGGUGCAUCAGUCGUUGCAAUACGUAAAUACAUCAUCCACAAAUACCCUUCCCUGGAGCUUGAGCGGAGAGGCUAUCUUCUAAAGCAAGCGUUGAAAAGGGAGCUGGAGAGGGGACUCAUUAGACAGGUGAAGGGAAAGGGAGCUUCUGGGAGCUUUGUGGUGGUGUCUAGUGCAGGAAAAACUGUUCCAAAAGCCAGAGACAGAAAGAAAAGCACUUCCGCUCCAACUGCAGAGCAACAAGUCAAGCUGGAAGAUAUCCUGCCGCUGGCUUUCACCCGCCUUUGUGAGCCGAAGGAAGCUUCUUACAGCCUGAUCAAGAAAUAUGUGUCUCAGUAUUACCCCAAACUCAAAGUAGAUAUAAGACCCCAGCUCUUGAAGAAUGCCCUGCAGAGAGCUGUAGAGAAGGGCCAGUUAGAGCAGAUCACAGGGAAGGGAGCGUCUGGGACAUUCCAGCUGAAGAAAUCAGGGGAGAAGCCCCUGCUGGGUGGGACUCUGAUGGAAGACGCCAUCCUGUCUGCAAUUGCGGCCAUGAACGAACCGAAGACCUGCUCCACCACAGCGCUGAAGAAGUAUAUCCUGGAAAACCACCCAGGGACCAACUCCAACUUCCAGGUGCAUCUACUAAAGAAAACCCUGCAGAAAUGUGAGAAGAAUGGCUGGAUGGAGCAAAUUUCUGGAAAGGGCUUCAGCGGAACCUUUCAGCUUUGCUUCCCUUAUUACCCUAGCCCAGAUGUGCUCUACCCAGAGAAGCAGCAGGAUGAGGACUCCGAGGAAUCUGAUGAGGAAGAAGAGGACGAAUCUGAGGAGGAGGAAGAAUCGGAAGAGGAAGAGUCUGAGGAGGAAGAGCCACCACCAAAGAAGAGGAUGCAGAAGAGGCCGCCUCCAAAAUCACGGAGCAGGGCCCCUCCGAUGAAGCGAAGGGAGUCCAAACCCAAGCCAAGAAAAACCCCCGCGGCCCACCGGGGGAAAGCAAAGCCCCCUCCCAAGGUCAAAACCCCCGCGAAGAAAGCCAAACCAGCAGCCUCAGCCAUCAAGAAACCCUCUGGUGGCAGCUCUUCCAAGAAACCAGCAGCCAGCGGGAGGAAGGAAGUGAAACCCUCGGCCAAGGGCAAAUCCACCAUGAGGAAAUCUCUCCGGGCAAAAAAGUAAAAUUUUUCCACUGUCAGGGAAUCCCAUGGUCAAAUCCACAAUCUUGUUUUAUAAGUCAACGUGCAUUUGUAUUUUAGUUCUGAUGCUUAAACACUUCUGUAAUAUUUUUUUUUUUUUUUUUUUUUUCCUGAAUGAUGGGGGGAAAAAGCUGAAAACUAAGUCAAACCAACCCGAGCGUUUGUUAGAUCCCAAUGCUGUGCCUCGUGUCCGCCCCUCCCCUGGAACAAGUCAUCUUUAGUUUCUGCAAUAAUUUUAGGACUUUUCUAAGACAUAUAUAAUCUGUACAUUUUACGGUGUUCCUCUUGGGUUUCGGGGGGGAGGGUUGGCUUUUAAAAAAAUUCGUCAAAGAAGAUCUUUAUAUCUUUAGACAGCAGGAACAGGAUGAUUGGGGGAAUGUGAUUCUUAAUGAGAAGGUGCAACGGCAGAAGAGUCCUCCCUAGAUCCCCUGCACGACGAGGUCCUUAACGCUUCUGUGAAGAAGCAGUGUACAUACAGCACUUGCACUGAGUCCUGGAGGUGCUUCUUUCUGCUGGGCCGUUAGAGCGACGGGCUGAGGAGGCGGCGCGUUCGGCUCCUUCAGAACCAGCGAGGUUUGUUUGACGGUGAGUCAGAUCUUCAGUAGACGGAGGCUGCAGCAUCUACUGAUGGUCUGAUGCCAGAGGGGCUCCAAAAAGGGGUAGUUCUCCGUUAGGCGGGUGAUUUCAAUUAGUGUUUCCGCACCACAUCUGUUACCUUAAAACCAAAAUAUAUAAAAGUCUUCUUGAAUCCAACUUUCAAAUGUUUUUAAGAGAUGAAGAGCCUGAGUUUUGUCACCUCUUGUUUACCGUUUUUUAAAGAGAAGUUGGAGAGCUAUACAAUUGCUAAUGUAGCGAUGUUGAUAAGUGACGAACAUGCAGUUUGCUAAAAUAAAGUGAAACUAGAUUCCA